GUCUCUUCCUCGCUCAGAAUAGGGUAGUCUCUCAAACCCUAACAUUUCAAUUACGCUUCGAUUUUGCGAUUACGAUUCAACGCCUCUUUAUUUUGGCGGCGCGUGGAGAUGUUUUAGUGGCGCGUGGUGGGAACUUCUUGUCUGAUUCAUGGUUUCCGGUUCACCUGCAUUGGAGAAUCGUUGCCGGAACUCUGCCGGGACCUGGUCCGGCUGUCCCGAGCGCCUUCUCUCAUGGCUUCUGCUGUCUUAGCCAAUCGGAACGAAGCUGAUUGGACGCACACGAGAGGUGGCGCUAAAUUCAUGGGAAAAAUCCCUUUCCCUAACCCUAACCGUAAAUCCUCUAAGAAAAGACAAUUCCACGCUGCACCUGUGGUUGACAUUGAUGAAUCACCUGCGGUUACUCAAUCCGUUGCAUCUGAUGACGCUUCUUCCAUCAAUCGGAGGCCGAGCGAUUUCAAUUCUGGUGGGUGCGUCACUUUCAACGUAGCCUCGUAUUCGAAGAAAGAACUCACCGAGCUCAAAAGCCGCCUGCUCUUGGAGCUGGAGCAGAUUCGGCAGCUGAAAAACCGCAUCGAAGCCAACGAUUUCCACAUCAGAUCCAGCUCAAACGUUUUACCCCCCAAAAAAUCUGCAAGCAAAAAUUUUUCCGGCAAAAAGCGUCCCUUGCCGUCUACCUUGGGAAAUGAUUUUAAAAAAUCGACUUCAAAUGUCGAGAUUGCUCCGUUGAUGAAGGGUUGUGGCCAAAUCUUGUCAAAGUUGAUGAAGACCAAGCACGGCUACAUAUUUAACAAGCCGGUGGAUGUGGUGGGUCUGGGUCUUCAUGAUUACCAUGACAUUAUCAAGAACCCGAUGGAUCUAGGAACCGUGAAGUUAAAGCUGGGUAAGAACUUGUACGAAUCCCCUUUAGAUUUUGCCGCCGACGUGAGAUUGACCUUCAACAAUGCGAUGACAUACAACCCUAGGAGCCACGAUGUGUAUGUCAUUGCCGAUCAGCUCCUUGGGAGAUUUGAGGAGUUGUUUCGUCCAUUGAAUAUGAAAUUGGGAGACGAGAAGCGGCAAGAGCGUGAUUACGAAGAAGAUUUUCAGUCAUCUUCUUGGAAUCGAAGUGAGCCAGAGAGAGUAGUUAGAAAAGAUCGAGACGACUAUGUUGCUCAAAAACCUUCUUCUGAGCUACAAACGAGGAACCCACCGAGCGACUCAGACCCAAAUCCGAAUGCACAAUCGACUAUGCAGAUGCCUGUGAGGACUCCAUCCCCGAUGCGGGCUCCACCUGUGAAGCCGGUGAAGCAGCCGAAGCCAAAGGCAAAGGACCCAAACAAGAGGGAAAUGAGCAUGGAGGAAAAACACAGGCUGGGGCUUGGGUUGCAGAGUUUGCCGCCAGAGAAGAUGGAACAGGUUGUGCAGAUUAUAACAAAGAGGAAUGGGCAUUUGAGGCAGGACGGUGAUGAGAUUGAGCUCGACAUAGAGGCUGUGGACACGGAGACUCUUUGGGAGCUUGAUCGGUUUGUGACCAACUAUAAGAAGAUGGUUAGCAAGAUCAAACGGCAAGCUCUCAUGGGUAUCAAUGUACCUGCCAAUGAAGUCAACAAGAAGGUACCUGCAAAUGAGAGGAUUGAAGUUGCAUCGGAGGCUAAGAAGCCAAAGAAAGGGGAUGCGGCAGGGGAUGAAGAUGUCGACAUUGGUGAUGAGAUGCCAAUGAGCAGCUUCCCACCAGUUGAGAUUGAGAAAGACAAUGGCCAUGCCAUCAGUGAUUCAAGCAGCUCCAGCAGUUCAAGCAGUGAUUCAUCCUCAUCAAGUGAUUCAGAUUCAGGGAGCUCAUCAGGGAGCGAUUCUGAUGAUGCACAAUCUUGACAUUUAAGAUUGUGAAGAAUGAUGAACGUGGUAGAAGGGACGCUUUGAAGUUUGGGUGAUAUGGAUGAGGAAUGAUACCCACUUUUGUACAGGGAAGUGUUUGUGUAUCCUCGUUGUGAACUGGCUUUGGAGGAGUUGAUUGAUGGCUUUGUGGAUGGAAGUGUUUUGUUGGUAUUUUGCAUUUGAGGUAGAGGAAGGCUUGGGAAACAAUGGGAAGAGAAGUCCCAGUAGGUUUUAGACUUUGAGAGAAGUAGGGAAAAGUAGUGAACAGAGUUGAUUAAGUAGGUAGAGGGAAAAUUAGAAGGCUGGAAAUACUUUUUUUGUACACAUUACAACACUAAUACAUGAAUUUCAACUCUGGGUUGUCUACAUUCUUUUGCAAUUCAAUCCCCCCCCUGUUUUGUUGGCAUGUUCCAUCUGUGGGAGAGUAACUGUGCACUUUUUUGCUGGAAUGUGCGACUUGUGAGAUUGGAGGUUGGCAGCUAGCUAUGAUAAUAUGGCGUAAGGUUUAAAACAGGGAAGGAAAAAAAGAUCUUACCAAGUGCUUGUCAUGAUGAGCUAGAAAUGCCCAGCUCAACCCUUGAAUGUCCCACCAGCAUCCCUCAUCCUCAGCAGUCGGUAUAAAUUUAAAGACAGUCGAAAAUUUCGGAACUCCGGCAUGAAUUUUUAAGGACGGACUGUUUGUCACGAAACAAAGAAACCAACCAAACAACAAUGAUUUCUCCAUCAGAAAAAGAGAGUUAGUCAGUGAUUAUCUAUACAAGAAAGUUCACGGCAAUCCUCUUCCAUACACUGUUAUUCGGUGAAGAGCCAUGGGAAGGAAUGUGAUUUGUACGGUGAAGAGCCAUGGGAUGUUUGGGACAAGUAUAGAGGACCUCCGCAAUAUUAAAGAUAAUAGAUAGGGGUUUCUAUACUUAAUUUCCAAGUUAAAGAAACAAUCUUUGAAUGGCGAGAGAUUUUUGAGAAGUGUUGGCUCUAUUGAUGUUUGGUGUUUGGCAAGGUGAGGAUGCACCCAAAAAAAGUGAGGUGAGAGUUGGGAAGAGAUAUCGGUACGAGAAUCCUGGUUCAGACCAACAUGGGCGAUGGAUUAUGAUGGAAUUCAGUCUUGGUUAUUACAAUGGUAAAGUUAAGUGAAGUGAUCGAUCUCUAUUGAUUUUCUUGUUUGUAAAUGUUAGCUUUGUUAAGGUUUGUUGUUCUGUGUAUUUCCCCAAUUUUGGGUUAUCUAAAGCAGUCAACGAGUCAAGUAAUUCGCUAUAGAAUAUUUGUCCGCAAAAGGAUAUCAAAUUUAGAAAUUUA